AUGCGCUUCGAAAUCAUCUAUGCCCUGUUUGCCGCCGUCGCCGUCGCUUUGCCCCGUGGUGGAAACCAGGAGCACCACCAAAAUGUUGACAUCCCUGCGACCUCGUCCAUGCCCAUGUCCUCAUCUAUGUCUAUGCCGAUGAAGCGUGCGACUCCAACUUCCAUGGCAACUCCGUCUCCUAGUAUGAAGGUUACGUCGCCGAUGCGGGGCGAGAAGAAGCCUGAACAGCUGAAGGCCGAGAAGAGGAUGAUGCUCUUCUAA